UGAAUUCAUUGCGCUACAAGAUAUCAUGUACCGUUAUCAUGAUAACCGGCUACUAGCUCAGGGCAAAGCGAGUUCACAAGCGGUUUGUAGGUCAUAUCGACAGCCCCGGUUUGCAAACAGAAAAAGGGGUAGUAUCUUUCAUUGGUAUCCACACAAAGAAAAUCACAUCGACAUGUUACGUUGCGGUGCGCAUGAGGCAGACUGGAAGGCUACAGACAGGUGUUAAGAGCCGUACCGGACAGAUGUUUGGACACGUGGAUGUUCGUUCCUCUCAUUCGCAUAUAAUCAGCGGCAACAGACUGUCGAGUGCAAAACUCACUCAGAAUGGCGCUUUCCAUAGUUCUAGCAACAGCUUUUUGGUCGCUGACUAUCAUCAUCUUUGCGGCACGUCAUGUCACCCGCACUCGGACUCACCGUACAGCUAUCGCUGUCAGGGCGAUGUUGAGACCAAGAAACAUCGAGCAUAAAGCAGAGAUCCGUUCUCGCGUCCAUCCUCAUGAACACGUCGCUUUAACACCCUCGAGUGCAAUACUCGACCCGUCCAGGCACGACGACUUCGUCCAAGGCGCAAGAGAAUUGAUCGCCUCCGUCAGCCCUCAGCAAUGUGUUGGGUGGCAAAGAUAUGUGAAAUGUGCUGAGAAAUGUACAGAGAUUUUCCUUCCGAGCCGAGAAGUCGAUUUCGCCGCUUUCAUACAAAGCGUCACUUUUUGCAUCAUAAUUACUGGGUUCUAUGGUGUGGACCCUGGAACCCUUUUCCCUGACGAUAUCGUCUUCAUGACCAACGCACUUGACCGCCAUUCGUUGCGGGAAACUCCCAUUUGUCCCGGAGAACUCGACGCGAUGAGAGAACGUGUUUGUAGAUGGGUUGGGGAGGAGCGCGCCACUCAAGCCCUGGAAACUAUUCUUCCCGCAUAUGAGUCCAUGUGGCAUCUAGCUGCUGUCACGUUGGCCUAUGUGAAUGGCAACCGACACACGCAAAAUGCCUUCCUAGAUUUCAGCGAGAAUCCCACCCAGAAGCAAUUCCGUUCUUUCAAAGUCAAGAACACUCGACCGAGCGUAGAAGCCAUCAUCAAUGAAGUCCUGAGGUUGCACCCACCGAUUCAGCGCAUUGCGCGCAAAAGUGAACACCCUUUGUGGAAGCGUUUGUUCUGUCCCGCGCAAGAGAUAGCCGACAUCGAAGCUGUUCAUCGCUCAUGUGCAUAUGGCACGCGUCUAGAGACCUUCGAUGCGAUGCGCUUCCAUCCUCAGCAUGAAAAUCCAGUUGAUAUGCAACUACUUGCUUUCGGACACGGCGAGCUAAGCUGUGUCGCGGAAGAAUGGGCGCCUAUUGCUACAGCGCUAAUUGUCGCCAAAGUUAUAGACAGAGUAGAUGACGUUGGUUUCGUUCUCGUGGGGAAUAUAAUCGACGCAAGAAUGGACCGAAAUACGAGGACAGACUGACGCUUCUAUUGUCAGAUCA